AGUUGCUAGUAUUUUUUUUUACUUUCUUUUAACUUUUGUUAGUCUUUGGUUAAAAUUUACAUUUGACACAAAUACAGAUUGUUAAGAAUAAAUAUAAAGAACGUAUUAAAAUAGAAUCAUGCACUUACCUAAAAUUUUGAUAUGUGUUUGUGUUAUAAUUUUAAGCAAUAUACAAAGGACAAGGACAGCGGGAGAAAUGGAGGAUAUACAACGAAUAUUUUCGCCGUGCCAUAAAUCAGCUCCCGAUUUCGAUCAAUGCAUAAAAAGGGCAUUUAACAAACUAAAGCCGUACUUCAAAAGAGGAAUACCAGCUCUGGGCGUGGCACCAUUCGACCCUCAUUUUGCCGAGGAAGUGCGCCAGACGCGCUCCGUCGGCGGCCUCGGGUACAAGCUCACGCUGCGCAACGUCUACGAGAGAGGAUGGUCCCAGUCUACAGUCACUAAAUACAAAACAGAUUGGGUGAAUGAUCGUAUCAUCUACUCUCAAUAUUUUCCUGAGAAAUGGUUGGUUGGAGACUACGAAUUUCAAGGCGAUGCCUUCGGAUUGGGAGUGAUGCGGUCUGGGCGAUGGAACCUCACGCUGCGCGACUACUCACAGACGACGCGCAUCAAACGGGACGGCAGCGGCGUCGACGUGCACGUUGAGGUCGACCACAUCGGCGACAUGGAUAUACACGUCGGCAAUCUACUGCGCGGCAGAAGCAUUCUUGAACAAAUGCUUGACCGCAUGAUAAAUCUGACCUGGAAGCCAGGCUUCGCGGUGAUCAGGCCGCUGAUCAACGACCUCGUGAGCACCGCCUUCACAGACAUAUGGAGCAAAUCUUUCAGAGACUUUCCUAUUGACGCCUUUAUACAAAAUUGAUACACGUUUUGGUUUGUUUUGUACUUUUGUAUAGUAGUUAUAAGAUUGAUUAUUAUAUUAAGUUAGAUCGGCUAUAAUGGUGUGAGUCAACUUCAGAACAUUGGGGAAACAAGAGACAUCAGACCGUUAACCAAAGUUUGCACUAAUCUAAAUGUCAGCGGUUUGACACCACUGCAGUCUAUGUUUAUAGCAUAAACAUCCCCAUAUUAAUUUAGCGUGUAUUGUUAUUUAAUUUAAAGUUAAUUUUGUUGUUUUUAUAAAACUUUACAUACAAAAUGCACUUAAUGUUUACAAUUGAAGUAAUAAACUAGUCCCAGAUAUUUUA